ACCGUGGCUUGUCUAAUGACGUCACUCGUCCUGUACAGGGCCAGAGGCUGCAUGUGGGUGAGAAGUGUGAUGUGAGGAGAGACCCAUCAUCUCCAAUGGAGGUUUGCCCGUUCUGCGGGAAAGCUUUCAAGAGGCUGAAAUCCCAUUUGCCACACUGUAAGAUGGCGGAAAUCAAGAAAACGGCACCCGAGGCAGACAGCGGAGACAAGAAUCGGACUGCCAACCGGGUGACCAUGAAAAGUAUGGGCACAACGUUACCCAGUGUGGAAAAACGGAAAGGCAAAAGUAAGAUGGAGGAACUCAAAAGUACAGUCCGGCAAGAGAAGACAACACAACCGAAAGUGGGAAGAGCCUCAUCAGGGAACACAUCGACUCAACAGAAAGCCUCAGUGAGCGUAGGACAAUCCAUAAAAGCUCUCCAGGCAGGGACCAGUCAGAUGGAUAAAUCAGUAAAAGAGCAGGUGGUCUUGACUGAACCCAACAUACCAAACCGGCAAGCCCUAAUGUUAAGGUCCGAUCUUGAGAUCACGGCCCCGGCUAAUCUGGACAAUCCAGGAAUGAGAAACUCAUGGCAGAUUGUGAGAGACCAAGUCUGUACUGAGAAUUUAGCAGGAGCUCAGGCUAGGUUAUCCUUGCCUGAGCCCAUCUUAGAUGAAAAUUUUAAGGUACAGGAUCAUCUUCAAGGCCAUUUCCAUGAACAGGUCUACGUGGACCACAGCUCGGCACCAAGGCCUCUUUCUGAAUCUACCAUGGUCUUCCAUAGGUCUACCAGCUCUCCUCAGGAUAGAGUUAAAACACAAAUACCAGUCAUCUCCCCUACCUUGAGUGAUACAAAUGUGGAAAUGAGGAACGUUAUCGGGGAGACUAUGAAGAUCAAGUUGGACAUGCUAUCGCCAGCCAAGACCGUGCAGAUGGUAGAUGGUCCCUUAGGGCUACAGUGGGUUCCUCAGUUUUAUUCUAAUUAUGUCCAACUGCGAGUUGUCCGUGGAAGACAAGAGCAAUGGGAUCCAUGUGGAAGAGGAACUGAGACCCUAGAGCCAUCAGGAAGACUACCUGAAUUUUGCAAGUUGGGUUGUAAAGAGUCCUUUCUAGAAAGCCGGUCUACAGCCAAGCGUUUGAUGGACGUCAGGCUUGGGGAGCUUCCUGCUUGGUUAGCUGACCGUAGAUAUUCACCAAAGAUGAUUCCAGAGUUUAUUGAGAAAGCUUGGGGCCGAUACUACGGCAAGUACAUCAAUGUGAAGAAGGGCGGUGUGGGAGGCCUGAGCAUGCUCCUCGCUGGUUACUGCCUCCUCAGCUACUCCUGGAACUACAGCCAUAUCAAGCAGGAUCGCUGGAGGAAAUACCACUGAUGACGUGACCGCUUAGAACUACCGGUACGCCCAGGUUCUCCAGCAACGUCCUGGAAGACGGACAGCAUUCGCCAAGUGCCUUGUGAAUCUUCGCACAGAGGUUCUCGCUCUAAGUUCUAUUGUGACGAUUCCUGUUAAAUUAUUUUGGUUUACAAAAAAUGUUUAUUUCUAGUAUUACAAGUUUUAUGAAGGAGAACGUUUUCUGAGCACAUCAUUAAUAAACGAGCUUACUG